AAGACCCAUUAUCCGACAAAACUCGGUCUGAAACAUGACGUUAUCGUUCCCAACUGGAGCUUCCUUUAUAAACCCCUUACUCUUACACACUCUGUAAGCACUAAGCAGUAAACAUGGGUCUCUCUUCCGUUGUCAUCACCUUUCUCAUCUCUUUCCUCUCUCUCACCGCCGAGUCAACUCAGCCUCCAUAUUCUUGCGACGCCUCCUUCCACCCACGCUACCCAUUCUGCAACCCCGAGCUCCCCAUAACUCAACGCGCCAAAGACCUUGUCUCGCGACUCACCCUCGACGAGAAACUCGCCCAACUCGUCAACACAGCACCCUCCAUUCCGCGCCUCGGCAUCCCCAGUUACCAGUGGUGGAGCGAAGCCCUGCACGGCGUCGCCGACGCCGGCCUCGGCAUCAGACUCAACGGCACCAUCAAAGGCGCCACCAGCUUCCCCCAGGUCAUUCUCACGGCCGCCACCUUCGACCAAAACCUCUGGUACCAAAUCGGCAAGGCUAUUGGGACGGAAGCUCGAGCGGUGUACAAUGCGGGACAAGCGACGGGGAUGACGUUUUGGGCUCCGAACAUAAACGUUUUCAGGGAUCCACGGUGGGGGAGGGGGCAGGAGACGGCGGGGGAAGAUCCUUUGAUGAAUGCAAAGUAUGGUGUGGCGUAUGUGAGAGGGCUUCAAGGGGAUUCCUUUCAUGGAGGCAAACUUGGAGAGAGGCUUCAAGCUUCAGCCUGCUGCAAGCACUUCACUGCUUACGAUUUGGACCAAUGGAAGGGCAUCAAUCGCUUUGUCUUCGAUGCUCGUGUAACGUCGCAAGAUUUGGCGGAUACUUAUCAGCCUCCAUUUCAGAGUUGCAUAGAGAAAGGUCGAGCAAGUGGGAUAAUGUGUGCCUACAACCGCGUCAAUGGGGUUCCAAACUGUGCAGAUUUCAAUCUCUUAACCAAAACCGCAAGAAAACAAUGGAAAUUCGACGGGUAUAUUACUUCAGAUUGUGGUGCAGUCUCUAUCAUACACGAUGAGCAAGGUUAUGCAAAAACAGCAGAGGACGCUAUAGCCGAUGUUUUUAGGGCAGGGAUGGAUGUGGAGUGUGGUGACUACAUAAGCAAACAUGGAAAAUCAGCAGUGGUAAAAAAAAAAUUGGGCAUAGGUGAAAUGGAGCGUGCCCUUGAGAACCUAUUCUCCAUGAGAAUAAGGCUAGGCCUAUUCGACGGAAACCCCACGAAGCUUCCAUUCGGCAGCAUCGGUCCCAGGCAAGUGUGUUCGAAAGAGCACCUUCACCUAGCUCUGGAUGCAGCAAGAGACGGCAUGGUGCUUCUAAAGAACACAAACUCACUCCUCCCACUUCCUAAAACAAACCCUACCCUCGCGCUCAUAGGCCCCAAUGCCAAUGCCACGUCACUCGUUGCGUUGGGAAACUACUACGGUCGUCCUUGCAACUUGGUUACGCUCUUGCAAGCCUUCCAGGGGUACGCUAAGGACACCCGUUACCACCCUGGCUGUCACAAUGGCACGCACUGUGACCGUGCCAGCAUCCAGGAUGCGUUGGACCUUGCUAAGAAUGUCGAUUAUGUUGUGCUCGUUAUGGGCCUGGAUCAGAAUCAGGAGAGGGAGUCCCAUGAUCGUCACUAUUUGGGCCUGCCUGGGAAGCAGGAACAGUUGAUCCACACAGUUGCCGCGGUUGCUAAGAGGCCCGUUGUUUUGGUGCUCUUGUCUGGGGGCCCAGUGGAUAUUACUUCGGCUAAGUUUGAUCACAAAGUUGGAGGGAUUUUAUGGGCUGGCUACCCUGGGGAGCUUGGAGGCCUGGCCCUGGCCCAGGUUAUCUUUGGUGAUCAUAACCCAGGAGGAAAACUACCAAUAACAUGGUACCCAAAAGACUACAUCAUCAAAGUACCCAUGACAGAUAUGAGAAUGAGAGCUGAUCCAGCAACAGGGUACCCUGGAAGAACCUACCGAUUCUACACUGGUCCAAAGGUUUACGAAUUUGGCUAUGGCCUAAGCUACACCAACUAUUCCCACAACCUCAUCUCUCUCUCUCAAACCACCCUCCACAUCAACAUAUCAUCGACCCAUUAUUACGUGACCGAAAAUUCCGAAACCAUACGUUACAAACUUGUUUCGGAGUUGGGGGAAGAAACAUGCCGAAGCAUGUCCUUGUCGGUGACCUUAGGAGUCACGAACCACGGUAGCAUGUCGGGGAAGCAUCCGGUGUUGCUGUUCACGAGGCAGGGGAAGGUGAGAAACGGGAAUCCGGUGAAGCAAUUGGUGGGUUUUGAGAGUGUGAAGGUGGAUGCAGGGGAAACGGUUCAAGUGGGGUUUCAGCUAAGUCUUUGUGAGCAUUUUAGUCGAGCCAAUGAGGGUGGUUCUUUGGUGAUUGAAGAAGGCUCUUAUUCGUUGGUUGUGGAGGACCAUGAGUAUCCAAUAAAUAUCACACUUUGAUUGAUGCAAUGCAACCGUUGAAGCUAAUAAUUCGCAACUUGCUUCAAGUAUUUGCUCUCAUGAAACAAAUGAUAGCAUUGAUUUCUGUAUUUUAGUGCGAAACAUACGUUCACAAAUUAUGUGUUGUGAUCAACUACUGAAUGGCUGAAUGAUUGUGGAGAGACUUUAAAAUGAGGCUAUGACAAGUUAUAAGAAAUAUUCUUGUAACUAUGACAAGUGAAAAAAGCACUCUAUCCUCAAUCUCUACAAGGAAUUUUAGUAUUAUCAUUUGCUAAAAAAGUCGUUGUUAAGUAUUAAAAGCAAUGAUAUAUUAUAGUUAAUUAUCAA